GGCCGGGAGGGCGGGGAGCCGCGGAGGGAAGGCGAGAGGGCGGAGGUUGCGUGGUGCAGGCAGCGGCGGCGGGAGGAGGGCCGGGCGGGCAGGGGAGGAGGAGGAGGCGGGCUCCGUGUCGCACGCAGCUCCAGGCGGGGCAGCCCCGCUGGCUGAGGGACGCAGUCAGACCUUGGCGGGACGGGGGUUUCGCCGGGGCCCAGGCCCAGCAACCAGACGGAGACGUUGCCGGAGCCUUUGAGGCACCAGGGAAAUGCGGGUUUGCCUGCAAUGAGAUUUCAUUCUCUACCUUUAAAGGACGUCCUUUCUGAGCUGCUGUGAAUAAAUUUGGAAUGGUACUGUAUAUUUUCAUCUAAUGGAGAACUAGCUGUAUUUUGAAUAAGGAUUGCUGCGCUGGACGACUUUAGAACAUCCUUCACAAUGUCGUCAACCAGGAGCCAGAACCCGCAUGGCCUGAAGCAGAUCGGCCUGGACCAGAUCUGGGACGACCUCAGAGCUGGCAUUCAGCAGGUGUACACCCGACAGAGCAUGGCGAAGUCCAGAUACAUGGAGCUCUACACCCACGUUUAUAACUACUGUACUAGCGUACACCAGUCAAACCAAGCACGAGGAGCCGGAGUCCCUCCUUCUAAAUCCAAAAAGGGCCAGACGCCUGGAGGAGCUCAGUUUGUUGGCCUGGAAUUGUACAAACGGCUUAAGGAAUUUUUGAAAAAUUACUUGACAAAUCUUCUCAAGGACGGAGAAGAUUUGAUGGAUGAGAGUGUACUGAAAUUCUACACUCAACAAUGGGAAGAUUAUCGAUUUUCAAGCAAAGUGCUGAAUGGAAUUUGUGCCUACCUCAAUAGACAUUGGGUUCGCCGUGAAUGUGACGAAGGACGAAAAGGAAUAUAUGAGAUCUACUCGCUUGCAUUGGUGACUUGGAGAGAUUGUCUGUUCAGGCCAUUGAAUAAACAGGUAACAAAUGCUGUUUUAAAACUGAUUGAAAAGGAAAGAAAUGGUGAAACCAUCAAUACAAGGCUGAUUAGUGGAGUUGUACAGUCUUACGUGGAAUUGGGGCUGAAUGAAGAUGAUGCAUUUGCAAAGGGCCCUACGUUAACAGUGUAUAAAGAAUCCUUUGAGUCUCAAUUUUUGGCUGACACAGAGAGAUUUUAUACCAGAGAGAGUACUGAAUUCUUGCAGCAGAACCCAGUUACUGAAUAUAUGAAAAAGGCAGAGGCUCGUCUGCUUGAGGAACAACGAAGAGUUCAGGUUUAUCUUCACGAAAGCACACAAGAUGAAUUAGCAAGGAAAUGUGAGCAAGUCCUCAUUGAAAAACACUUGGAAAUUUUCCACACAGAAUUUCAGAAUUUAUUGGAUGCUGACAAAAAUGAAGACUUGGGGCGCAUGUAUAAUCUUGUAUCUAGAAUCCAGGAUGGCCUAGGAGAGUUGAAAAAACUGCUGGAGACACACAUUCAUAAUCAGGGUCUUGCAGCCAUUGAAAAGUGUGGAGAAGCUGCUUUAAAUGACCCCAAAAUGUAUGUACAGACAGUGCUAGAUGUUCAUAAAAAGUACAAUGCCCUGGUAAUGUCUGCAUUCAACAACGACGCUGGCUUCGUGGCUGCUCUUGAUAAGGCCUGUGGGCGCUUCAUCAACAACAACGCAGUUACCAAGAUGGCCCAGUCGUCCAGCAAGUCCCCCGAGCUGCUGGCCCGGUACUGCGACUCCUUGUUGAAGAAAAGUUCCAAGAACCCAGAAGAGGCAGAGCUGGAAGACACACUCAAUCAAGUGAUGGUCGUCUUCAAGUACAUAGAGGACAAGGAUGUGUUUCAGAAGUUCUACGCCAAGAUGCUGGCCAAGAGGCUCGUCCAUCAGAACAGCGCAAGUGAUGAUGCCGAAGCGAGUAUGAUAUCCAAGUUGAAGCAAGCUUGUGGUUUUGAGUAUACCUCUAAACUUCAGCGGAUGUUUCAAGACAUUGGUGUAAGCAAAGAUUUGAAUGAGCAGUUCAAAAAGCACCUGACGAAUUCAGAACCACUGGACUUGGAUUUCAGCAUUCAGGUUCUGAGUUCGGGGUCCUGGCCGUUUCAGCAGUCGUGCACGUUCGCCCUGCCCUCCGAGCUGGAGCGCAGUUACCAGCGAUUCACAGCCUUCUACGCCAGCCGCCACAGCGGCAGAAAACUGACGUGGUUGUAUCAGUUGUCUAAAGGAGAGUUGGUAACUAACUGCUUCAAAAACAGGUACACUUUGCAGGCAUCUACGUUCCAGAUGGCAAUCCUGCUUCAGUACAACACGGAGGAUGCCUACACCGUGCAGCAGCUGACUGACAGCACGCAAAUUAAAAUGGACAUUUUGGCACAAGUCCUACAGAUUUUAUUGAAGUCAAAGUUAUUGGUCUUGGAGGAUGAAAAUGCAAAUGUUGAUGAGGUGGAGUUGAAGCCAGAUACCUUAAUAAAAUUAUAUCUUGGUUAUAAAAAUAAGAAAUUAAGGGUUAACAUCAAUGUGCCAAUGAAAACUGAACAGAAGCAGGAACAAGAAACCACACACAAAAAUAUCGAGGAGGACCGCAAACUACUGAUUCAGGCGGCCAUCGUGAGGAUCAUGAAAAUGCGGAAGGUUCUGAAACACCAGCAGUUACUUGGAGAAGUCCUCACUCAGCUGUCGUCCAGGUUCAAACCUCGGGUCCCGGUGAUCAAGAAAUGCAUUGACAUUCUAAUCGAGAAAGAAUAUUUGGAGCGAGUGGAUGGUGAAAAGGACACCUACAGUUACUUGGCUUAACCCUUCUAGAAGGGUCUGACUGUGUGACCCGCAGCAGAUAGUUCAUGACGUAAAGAAUGGAAACAACUCAAGUUCGUAGCAGCCAGCCUGCCGCCAUUUGGACCUCCCUUUUUAAAACUGAGACCAAGAUCCCCAUCAGGCGGUCUCAGACUGACAUCGAACUGCUCAGGACCGAUACAUUUCAAGUCUGUAAAUACGGACACCAACGCCAUUUAACCUAACGUAAGAAGAGGGCAACUGAACCUUCGCGCCGAGGGCUGCAUGCUACUGCAUUUAAACCAAUCCACUGGCUACCUGAUGAACGGCUGUCGUCUCAGGCAGCACCUGUAACGUCAGCGGCACUUUGAGAGCGAGUGUGAACGGACCCACGUGUAAUCUGCUAUGGAAAACCAUUUGUAUAGUGUGUUUCAUUUUUUAAUGUGUGAAAAUAAAGAAAAUUAAAGGAUUUCUGUACAAGUCGCAUUUGGUUUUGUUUUAAGUUUUACUAAUUUCUAUAUGUAAAUAAAAGAUACAAUGAUUGUGCAAAUUUA